UCGCACUGCUCCUCUUCGCCUCCUCUUCGAAUCGUUUAGAGGAAAAUAUUUGUGCCUAGCGUAGCUCGUGUUUCAAACUCCUACUUUUCACUCACCCGUAAUUGGACCUGAGAAACUUCCCUCCGUUGCUCUACGGUAGUACUUGUGCGAGCGGUGAGCGUCUCCAUCCUUUCCGUCAUCGCCCACGCUUCACGGUCUGCCAUUGUGCAUCGCCGGUGUCACGUAUGCACUAAAAAUCUUUAGUCAAAUCGGUGAAUCAGGUGAUACUGCAAGCCCAUACCGGUAAACUACUCCUCCAGAUCCAUCCGCCGUACAGUAUCUAGGAUACUCGAGCGCAGCUUGCUCUGCGUGCUCUUGAUAGCGAGCGAGCCGCUGUUGUCAUUUCUGUUUUUUUAUUUUAUUUUGGGGGGAGAAAAGUCUACCGACCCGACCGUAACCGUGCCCAUCUUACUGGUUCUUUCUAUUUUUUUCUUUUUUCCUCCCUCUUUGCUUGUUGUGGGGGGGGGUGUGAGAUUUUAGAUAACUGGAUUGGGUGCUCCGGGAUACGGAGAGAGAUUCUAGGAGCUACAUACCACGAGUCAAAUCUCAGGGUUUUUGAGAAACGAAGCCUCAAUAAACUAUGGCGAACCAGCGCGAGAAGAAGCUAAAGCGGGAGCGGGGCUACACGCCUCCACUGUCGCCAUCUCUGCACUCCAGUGGACGCGAGGACACCAGUGACCGCAGGCGGACAUCCACAUCGCCGCCCCCCAUUCCCCGGCAUCCCGUACUGAGCAUGCAAACCGCCUUUGAGGAAUCGAUUCGUGAUGUCCGUGUCGGAACGCAGGGAGAGGAAGCUGGGGGUUCAUCGCCGAGAAGCAGGAAACGUCAGCAAAGGAAUAAGGAGUGCGAGCAUCAUCGGUUAUCGAAGGUUGUUUCACAAAUCGCUUUUGGUAUUCAUCUUUUACAUGGCCGCCUAGCGAAAUCCGACUCGGAAGUCGUAAGGAUUUUGCAAUCCCAUGUGAACGAUAUGGAUGGAUUCAUCUCGAAAACUACAAGGGAUUUUGACCUAGCGAAAUCGGAUAUAUCGCAACGGUUGAAACAUCUUAGGGUUCCAUUAGAUUCGGAAGCUGCGUCGAUGGCAUUCGACAAUAUGCUUGAAAGUCGGGAGUUUAGGUUGCAGAUAUUGGAGGGCAAUGAGAAUGUGGAGUAUGUGGUUGAGCGCACAAUGGCUGCUAUGGGGAAGGCAUUGAAGGAUGUGGCUGAGGGGCUAGCUGCGGUGGAUGAUUUGGCUAAAUAUCUGCUGGGGCUGGAGGAGGGGUGGAAGGGUUCGAAUUUGGUUAGGGUUUAUGCCGCCAUGACCUUCAAUGUUGAGCAGUGGUUCAGAGGUCUCGUGGCAUUGCAGACGAAAUCGGUAGGCUUGAAGGAGGAGUUAGUGCAGCUGAAGGGUGUACUGGGGGAGAUUGAAAGGAGGACUGGGAUUGCAAGCAGGAAGAAUAAGGGAUCUCUAGCUGUGGUCUCUCAAGUUACAAAAAAAAAGUCUUCGUCUCGAUUAAACAAGUCUCUCCCGCCCACGCCUGCCCCUGACACAUUGUUGAAUGCCAUCGAUGUUCGCAUUAGCAACUCGCACAAAGAUUCAAAACGCCUCACCCGCUCAACCUCCCAGACCCUCGGGCCCACUCGAUCUCAUUCACAGCGCCUCCCCCACCGCCACUCAUUCCUCUCGACAUCCCUCUCAACGACAGACACUAGCACUGGAGCUCCAUUUUCCGCAGGAGAAUACGAGUCCGAGAAGGAGGAGGACAAACGGAAGAGCAGCAGAGUCAGGGUGAGACCCGUUCCGGAGCUAUGGCCCGAACCAUUAUCCCAGCGCAGCGGGCCCGGGGAUGAGCAGGAUGAUGGCCAAGGAGACAGCGACGACUUCGUCUUCCGGCCAGAUAACGAAGAGAAAAAAGACAAGGAUUUCGCCUUUAGACCUAGUAAAGAUGAGCGGAAGGAAAAGUUAGGGAAGAAGGAGAAGCGCGAUUCAGUGCUCUUUACUAGACAGGACAGUUGCGCCAUUAUGUGAUUUCUUUUCAUUCUGAUUUUAUACCUUAGCGUUCCUGUCAGAUCAAAUUGCGUUCCUCAA